UUGUGAACUACUGAAAUAAUUUCUUAUAACUCCUUUAGUUUUUCUAAUCAACAAAAUUCAUUUUCCUCAAAAAUUUGAUUUAAAAAUUAUACAACCUUGUGAACAUUUUUGUUUCACGAUAUUAAAGUAAAUUUAAAAUCAUAGUUUGGAAAAUAAUGAUAAUUCUCUUUUCCUGCUUCCCUGUUCAUAUGUUUCUGUAGUAUUACAUUAUUUCUUAUUGCAAGCUCAAUAAACUUCGACGAUAUGGAAGUUGAAAAUGAACCAGUAACUAUUGUGAGAGCUGAAGACCAUAGUUUUGAACUCAAUGAAGAAUGCUUGAAUUCUGUUCUACUUCAACACGAUAUCAAAGAUAAGAAAGUUGUAGUCAUUUCAGUAGCCGGUGCAUUCCGUAAAGGGAAAUCCUUCCUUUUAAACUUUAUGCUACGGUAUUUAAAUGCACAAGGCGAUGAAGAUUGGCUAGGAGAUGAAAGCGCACCUCUCACUGGAUUUUCGUGGAGAGGUGGAUCUGAAAGAGACACUACUGGCAUACUUUUGUGGAAUAAGGUCUUCAACAUCACUUUACCAUCAGGGGAAGAGGUUGCUAUACUCUUAAUGGACACUCAAGGUGCUUUUGAUAGUUCUUCAACUGUCAAAGAAUGUGCCACUGUUUUCGCAUUAAGUACUAUGCUUAGCUCUAUCCAGGUCUACAAUAUAUCUCAAAAUAUUCAAGAAGAUGAUUUACAGCAUUUGGAGUUAUUUACUGAAUAUGGAAGACUAGCAAUGGAAGAAAGUGGUGACACUCCAUUUCAGAAACUUUUAUUCCUGGUAAGAGAUUGGAGCUUUCCUUAUGAGGCAGAAUUUGGCUUUGAAGGUGGACAAUGCAUUCUAGAUAGAAGACUGGAGAUAUCUGAUAAGCAGCAUCCACAAUUGCAACAGCUGCGAAAGCACAUUCGUUCUUGUUUUGAAGAGGUGGAGUGUUACCUCAUGCCUCAUCCCGGAUUGGAAGUUGCAACUAGCCCGAUGUUUGAUGGUCGUUUAGCUGAUAUAAGAAAAGAAUUUAAGGAAUACCUACAAUCUUUUGUUGUUAAGCUUCUGGCACCAGAGAAUCUAGUUCCAAAACAAAUAGCUGGACGAUAUGUUACUGCAAAAGAUUUAUUAAACUAUUUCAAGGCAUAUAUUGAAAUUUUUAAAGGAGGUGAGCUUCCUGAACCUAAGUCGAUGCUUGACGCAACUGCUGAAGCAAAUAAUUUAUCUGCUGUUGCUAAUUCAAAAGAUUACUACAACACGGAAAUGGAAAAGAUAUGUGGUGGUGAUCGUCCUUACGUUAGUCAUGAAACUUUGCAAAAAUUACAUCUUGAGAUACGUAAUACAGCUUUACAAAAGUUCUCUGAUACAAAGAAAAUGGGAAGUGAAGAUUUGGAACACUCUUUUAAAGAAAAACUAAUAAAGGAAGUGGAUGAAAUGUACCAAAGUUUUGUCAAGUUUAAUGAUGGAAAGCAGAUUGCUCAUGUCGUUCGUACACCCGGAACGCUCCUGUUUAUAAUUUUGAUUUGCUAUUUGAACUCCACUUUACUACAUGCUUUGGGACUGGAAGCAUUUGCAGUGUCGGUCAAUUUUUUCAUGGUUAUGGCUAUUGUUGCUCUUGCACUGUGGGGAUAUGCAAGGUUCACUGGAGAAGCUCAGCAUGUUGGAAUUUUCAUUGAUAAUCUUGUCAAUAUUGUUCUCAAUAAUUUCAUUUUCCCAAGUCAAAAGCAGAUUGCUCAGACCUUACAAAAAGUUUCCAAUAAUUCUACUCAAAGUAACUCAGAGUCAUUAUCUCCACCUAGCGUAGAAUAUAAUAAUACUGUUCAUCGAAGGAAACACUAACCUUGUAGUAUAUAUAAGACUUUGUUUUUAAUAAAAUCCUGUUACAUUUGCAUGUUAAUAAUGUGCACCUUGAAUAAUACUAAAGGUUUGUUACAUAUUUUGUAAAGUUGCUGAAUUCUCAUUAUAUUUCUUGAUACGUUAUUUAUUUAUGUAUUAAAUCUUUCAAUAUACGAACAUUGAUAUAUGAACAUUGUCGGGAACUAGUACUGAUGACUUGAACAUUGAUUGAACUAUACCAAGGAUUUGGAAUUGUUUUUAAUCAACUUUAGUUGGUACUGCUGAAAGUUAUUUCACGUAUUUUUAUGCAACAUAUAUAUAUAUGAAUAUUUUACGGCAGCUUAAUUUUAAUCGAAUAUAUAAUUGAUGUAUAAUGUCGGAAUUUUCUGUGAAAAUUUGGUGUUUUUUCUUUUUUAUGAUUUGGUUUUUAAUUUCUAUUGUUUUAAACUGAUAUCUAAUUCCCUUUUUCCACAAGAGUUUUUUUUUUUUUUUAAUUUAUUGUUAAGUGCUUAAACUUUUAAUCUGUAGAAAAAAAAUAUUUUUCAUUUCUCUCUAAUUUGGAACAACUUAUACUACUUUUUUUAAAAAUCAUGUACAACAAUGUUAGGCAAAGUACUUAAAUGUUUUGGGAUAACAGUACUGACAUUUGUGAUUUAAAAAAAAGAAAAAAUCUGAUCUCCCAUUGGUUGCCAAAGAUUGUCUUUUGAUUGGCAAACAACUUUUUGUAAUUACUGUAUGUAAAAUUACUGUCUCUUGUACUAAAUCUUGCACACUGUAAAUAUAAUUUCUUGAGCAAGAAUUCUAGCUUGCAGUUGUGUUUCACUACUAUGAGCCAACUUAAAAUUGCCUUAAAUGUAUGUCUUUUAUUGUAAUAUGCAAAUAAUUUUUUAACAUUUACAUUGAUAUAUACAUGAACGAUUCUUUUCUGAACAAAAUUGAUGUUUAUAGAUGAAAAAAGUGAUUAUAAUAUGCAAUUUUCAAAAAGCAAUCUGUGCCACACUUGUUUAUUAUUUGUAUAGUUUGGUUCUGGUUUCUUUUUUGACCUACCUCAAUGUAGGAUCAUUUCCUUUACAAAAAAUAUGUUAACUAGAAUAAUGAACUGCAUAUCAAAUAUUUUUGAACACAAUUAUAAAAUUAAAUACAUUUUAAUAGCUUAAAAUACAGUAAAUUAGAUUAUUAGUUGAUUUCUACUCACAAAAAGAAAAAAAAAAUCUAAUUUGUACCUGAUAACUAAGCAUGUUCUUAAUAUUAUAAGUCCUUUUUAAUUUAAAUUCCUGUUAAACUUUAAUUACACGAUUUUAUCUUUUGAUGUUAACCUUGUAUGAGUGCUUACAAAGCACCAAUAUUUCAACUGAUAUUUGCAUUUUAACAGCGUUGCCUUAGUGGAUACAGUUAUAAAAUGUAUCCAUAUACUGCCAAUAUGUAUCAUAAGUCUUGUACAUUCAUUGAAAUUUUUGUAUUUAGGCACUAGUUUGUAUAUGCAGGUCAUGUGUAUUGCAAUGUGUGAAAUUCUAUGUUCAUUUAGAUAACACAAAUUACUGUAAAUUUUGUUCACAAACUUUAGUUUUCGAAUGUGCCAUAUCUUAAUAGUGAUAGCAGUAUUUUAUUGUCAUUAAAAGAUCUGUUUUCCAAAUUGAAAAUAGUUUGUUAGGAUUAUAGAUGUGAAAGUUUAGAAAGCAUGAAAGAUUGACGUAGCAUUUUUUUGAAGACUUCUUUUCUCCUUUGCCUGUUAUGUACAAAUUUUCAACACAUUUUACAGUACUUUGCCAUAGGUUGGCACAUUUUUAUUCUUGGCAAUUCUUUUUCAUUUUAUUCAUUGCCAUCUCAUUUAGCAAAAAUGACAUUGUAAAACCAUACAUUGUUCCAUUUUUGAUAAACUUUUAAGCAAAACAAGUCAUUUAACAAGAUUGAAAGUUCCAUUAAAACGAAAAAAUAGUCUGCCAAAGCAGUUAAGAAAUAAAAUAGUUUGCCAAAUACAACUGCAAGCUAUUAAAUAACAUCAAAAGUUCAAAUAAAAUACUUCACAAACUAAUAACACAAUGUCUUAUGCUCCUGUAAAAUUUUAAGUAAUCCGCCAAAUAUAUUUAUGAAGAGACUAAUAAACGUAAAAUGUGUAGUGAAAAGUAAAACGAUCAAAUGACGGUGACGUAGAUGUUAUUUUUCUAUUUAAGCCAAGCGUAGAAGAAGCAAGUCCCGAAGCCAAGUGAAGUGCAUGCCCAUUACCGAAAAGUACUCAUUUUGCUACCAACUAUCUUGCUUAAAAUGCAUUUCUGUUUGCAUUCUACCCUUAACAUCACCUGGAUUGUAUUGGAAGAUUUAUUGCAUUAUUAAAUUUCAUCUUAGUUUUAAUGUUUUGUCAUCCGCCAUCCUUUCCCACUUCAUAUAAAUGUCCAUAACUUGCAUGCUUAAAAUAUUUAGUCUGUUUAAUUAUUUUCUUUUGUACGUCGCCUGCUUUAGUUUAGAUUGCUUUUUGCAUACUGAAUCAUUUUUAUAGGUAAUUUACAAAACCUAAUGAAACUGAGAAGCAUAUUUGACAUAGAAGUUACGAUAGAGAGAACUUGUCAGUAGAAGAAUUGCUUUAGAAGUAACAUAAUUUUUACAAUGUGGAAAAUCUCAUUCAUGUUUUGUAAUUGCUAAAAUUCUGCAGACCAUCUUGAAAUCAAGCACAACAAAAAAUAAUAAUUUUCCCUCAAAUCAAGAGGAUUUCUUUGCAUUUUUAAAAAUUUUAUCCGAUGUACUAACUAUUAUUACUUAUUACUGUUGUUCACCAUGACCAGAUUAAAAUACCUCUCUAAAAUUAUUUUAAUCUUUGAAAAGUUUUUUUUUUUUACUUUUCUUUUUCAUACUUAUGAAAGAAUUCAAUAUUUUUGCAUUUGUGCUCAGAUUAAAUGAAAAAUAAUCAUAUCAGCUUUGUGCUACAAUAUGAUUAAAGUAAAAAACCAACGUAAAUAAAGCACAAAUUUUGAAGAAAUUUUUUUUUCUUCAAAAUUUGUGCUUUAUUUAGGUUGGUUUUUUACUUUAAUCAUUUGUGUUCAGAGUUGGAUUUUUUUCUUUUCCAUUUCCGAUUAUUAUUAAGCUUUGGCUAGAAAAUAAAAUUUGUUUAUUUUCAUUAAAACCUCAAUUUGUAAACCUUUAAACAAAGUUCUGCAAUAAUUUGGGGUGUAAAUUUCAGAUGUCGCCAAAAACCGAAUAAAAUUGAAUUUAAAAAGCUUAUCUCAAUUAUUUUCAAUCAAUAACUUACUUCCUCUCGUUUUCUUAUAUAGAAAUCUGAUUUUUCUCUUCUUUUUUGAAGUUUAAGCUAUUGCUUGUGUCUCUUCUAAAAUGGCAGGUGAGGGUAUUUUUAAAAUGUCAUAAAAAAUUCACGAGCUUGUGAAGUAUUGUGGCGCAAACUGCACAUUCAUACAACAGUUUAUUGCUUUUCUAUGAAUUUUUAAAAUGUGUCACGGACUUUUCAGACACCUUGUAUUUUUGAGACAAUUUGUCUCCUGAAAGAUACACUAAAAAAAUAGUACACUGAAUCAGAAAAAGGAAAUGUUUUUAGUAGAAACUGGUAAUCUCACAUGAAAAAAUGCAAUAUUUAAACUAAUCAGCAGCAUUUUCUAUUAUAAAAAUAAUCAAAAAUAGAGCCACCAACUGAUGCACAUUCUUGUAAUUUUCUUUUUUUCCAGAAAAUGGUAUUUUCUGGAAAAAUGCUUCUGACUGUAAACAAGCUGUGAAUAAAAAUUUGUCGAUGAAAUGUGACUGUCAUAACUAAUACUUGGCAGCAUUGACACAUUUUAUUUACCCCCUUUUUUUUGUAAGUGUUGUUUAGUGUCUUCUUUAGGACAGAGGAGGAUAAAAAAUGCUGCCUUAGUGUUUGAUGCUUUCUUUUUUCGAUUUCUUUUUUUCAAUUUUUUUUUUUUUUUUUUGUGAAAUUAUUUAUCUGGUUCAGUAUUUUAUUUCUGGUGAAAAGUUCAUGUUAAUAGUUAAAUAUUAAAUGAUUUUUAAUAUAAGAUUUAUUUUUCAACAAUUAGCAAAGUACUGUCUACUUGAAGCUGAAAUUCAUUUGUAUAGUGUGCUGAAGUGCCAUCUUUCUUUUAAAGAUUUUAGGAGAAAAAAAAAUCUUAGGUGUCAACUUUUGUAAAUAACGACCUCUUUCCUCUUCUAGCUAUGUCGACCGUGUCGCAGUUUAGCUUGCCAAAUUUCUGUAUGGAUUAGAUCUGUUUGUUUCUUUUUGCUUCAUGAAAUGUUGACAUGUGGAACUGUUGUAUUACAGAAAAUAUACCAAACUCGUGAUUGAAUCUCUAAUAAUGUACAUUAAGGCAUAUAUAAAUACAGUUAUUUUCCUAUAUAUCUCUGAUGUUGAAUAACAGUUGAUAAAUAUUUUUAUGACACUAAUUUGGAAUAAAGACUAUUUAAUAAAAUUUGUGCAUUUCAUUUU